CCGCUCGGGAGUCGCCGCCGCCGCCGCCGCCGCCGUUGCCGCCUCCCCGCCGGCAAGUGCGUGAGAAGGAGCCGCCGCGGGCCGCCGCCGCCGCCGCCGUCGUCAUGGGGAGGAAGUCGAGCAAAGGCAAGGAGAAGAAGCAGAAGCGACUGGAGGAGCGAGCAGCCAUGGACGCCGUCUGUGCCAAAGUGGAAGCCGCCAACAGGCUUGGAGACCCCUUGGAGGCCUUUCCCGUCUUCAAGAAGUACGACCGCAACGGGUUAAAUGUCUCUAUCGAGUGCAAGCGCGUGUCCGGCCUGGAGCCCGCCACGUUGGACUGGGCCUUCGGCCUCACCAAGACCAACAUGCAGUCCAUGUAUGAGCAAAGCGAGUGGGGCUGGAAGGACCGCGAGAAGCGGGAGGAGAUGACGGACGACCGCGCCUGGUACCUCAUAGCUUGGGAGAGCAGCUCCGCCCCCGUGGCCUUCUCCCACUUCCGCUUCGACGUGGAGUGCGGGGAUGAAGUCCUGUACUGCUACGAGGUGCAGCUGGAGAGCAGGGUGCGGCGGAAAGGCCUGGGCAAGUUCCUCAUCCAGAUCCUGCAGCUCAUGGCCAACAGCACCCAGAUGAAGAAGGUGAUGCUCACGGUGUUCAAGCACAACCACGGUGCCUACCAGUUCUUCCGAGAGGCGCUGCAGUUCGAGAUUGACGACUCGUCCCCCAGCAUGUCGGGGUGCUGCGGGGAGGACUGCUCCUACGAGAUCCUGAGCCGGAGGACCAAGUUUGGGGACAGCCAGCACUCCCACGCGGGCGGGCACUGCGGGGGCUGCUGCCACUGAGCCCCUCCUUGCCCUGCACGCCCUGCUGC